AUGUUCCAGCUUCACAGGUCUGGCCUGCAGGGCAUUGUGCGUCUGAGGCCCGGCUGUGCAGGUUCCGUUCUCGCAGGUCUCACCAUUUGCACAGUCGGUAUCAGACUGGCAGUUCCCUGGGGAGCUGACACAGUUGCCCUGAGCAUUGCACUCGGAGCCGGCAGCACAGUCUGUCUCACCAACUGGACAGUUGGAAUCGCCAACGCAGAGAUAUGCGAGGGAAAUACAGAUGCCAUUUUCGUUGCAUUUGGAUCCCUGGCCACAGUCAAAGCUGGUCUGGCACUGCUUGGCCACACAGGUCUGCUCUGGAGUGCAAUCACCGUCAACUUGGCAGACGGAAUUCUGGAGACUGCAAUCACCGUCGAUGCAGGUUUGACCAUUGGUACAGUCUGCACUGCUUUGGCAGGAAUUGGUGGGAAGGGUGACACAGGCACCGGCAUCGCAGACCUGACCAGCACUACAGUCUGUACUGGCAGUGCACCGCUCGAGAUUUUGAUACAGCGUACAGUAGCCAGAUAA